AUGAGGUACCAUCUUGGCAAUAGAAACUUCUUAAAGUCUCUCCUGGCAGCGGCCAUCACCAUUGCUCUGGCUUCGUUCCGAGCGUUUUAUUUAGUAAGAGGAGCUUGGUCACCACAUGCACAGCAGAAGAGCCCUCGCUAUAAGGGCAUUGUAUCCAGACAACUACUUGAGACCACCCCUGAUGAUAACGCGAACGCCAACACCACUCUGACAUCGAGACAAUUGCGCAAAGGCAUCACUCCCAAUAAUGCUCAAGACACAUACACCAACUCCUCCAGUGACAGUAAUGACAACGAGAGAGAGUACACGGCUGUGGCACGAGAAACACUAACCAUCAAUACCUUUACCAAUUUCCAACCACCGUCCGAUGCCAGCUUUGGAUUGAACACACUGGACAAUGGUCUCUUUCUAGCCGACGGUAUUACGGCGCGGAUCGUUGCCAUUUCCGGUCACAAAGUGCCCUAUCAUACGGAUGGUGGCACUUUUUCCACUACACCCUUUCAUGCCCGCCCCGAUGGCGCCACUAUUGUUCCCGAUCCUCGUCCAUCCAAUCCCGGUGGCUACAUUUAUGUCAGCAAUUCCGAAGUCCCACAUCACAAUGGUGGCGUGGGAGCGUUGACAUUUACGGCACAAGGACAGAUUCUCGAUUAUCGUCGCGUCCUAACGGGAUCCACCAUGAACUGUAAUGGUGGCAAGACAUGGUUUGGAGCCUGGAUUUCGUGUGAAGAAGACUUUGAUGAAGAAAAUGGCAACUGUUGGCAAGUGGAUCCUACCGGUGUCCGUGUGCCACCGGCUCAACCCAUUACUCUCGGUAGUGACGGUGGUGUCUUUGAAGCAUUUGCCUAUGAUAUUCGGAAUCCAUCCAAACCCCGUUUCUACAUUACCGAAGACACGUCGUGGGGGCCACUCCGACGAUUCACUCCCGAUGCUCCCGACUUUAACAAACCAUGGGAAGUCUUGCUGGGGCCGGGACAAACCGAAUAUCUACUGCUCAAUCCGGCCGAUGGAACCUUCUUUUGGACUACCGACAAGAAUGUCGCGGGGCAGAAUGCCCGGGCGUUUUACCCCAACAGUGAAGGCAUUGAUGUCAGCGGCAACAUGCUCUUUUUUGUCAGCAAGGUGCGGCAUACCGUGUUUGAACUCGAUUUGGAUGCGGCGACGUAUGUGCAAAAAUCCACACUGGGCGGUCUCUUUGAAGGACAGCCCGAUAUUUUGCGCAAUCUACUAGACGACAACAACGGCGAUAAUACGCUCCUCCUAUUUACCGAAGAUGGAGGAGACCGUGCGGGGAUUCAUGCCCGCGACAGUGACGGCAACUUUUAUGUAUUGUGUGAAUCCAACUUGUUUCAACCGGAAACCACGGGGAUUGCCAUUACACCGGAUGGGACACGCAUCUAUUUUGCCUAUCAGAAUGAUGGGAUCCUCUACGAGUUGCGACGAAACGACAAUCAGUCGUUUCGUGUGGCGGCGCUCAAUCUCAAGACGCAUCCUGCGGAAAUGACAGAUGCCGAACGACGAAAACGACACAGACGGUAUAGUUAG